AUGGGUAUUCUUUGUAUGCAGAGUGGUGCAGUUUCUGCUGAUGCUUAUAAAAGCGCUUCUGAUGUGAAUACUAAUAUUUUAAUUCCUAACCCAUCAACUGGGAUCCAAUCAUUUAAUUUCAUACUUGAGUGGGAGUUUAUGUGUCUUUCAGGGGAGUCAUGCUCCAGAAGAUCACUUCCUAUGACUGCAACCCAUUUGUUGAUGCUUCCUACAGCUAAUGUUCUUACACAGACUUCUGCUGAUAUUGUCAAGCCUGUUGCUCAACCCGUUGUUCUACCUCAAGUUGCUCCAGAAUUUUGUAGUUUGUAUAUUAAUAACUUUAAAUACAUUUCUACUGCAAAAAAUGAAUAUACUAUUCCUUCGAAUGCUUGUAUGGCAAAAUCUUAUGCUGCUGGUUCAGUUGUUACUGUUAAUUUCUCAGCUAUAUAUACACUUGCUGUUGUUUUUACUGCUGAAGGAGUUUAUGUAUUUUCAUAUACUGGUUUAUCUGAUCAUUCUUAUUCUACAGGUCAUACUACUCUUACUUCUCUUUGGUAUAUGUGCCAUAUGGAUUUAGAUGUUUAUUGCUUCCUCAUUCCUGCUGUUCAGUCUUUUUCAAAUGGAACUCAAAAUCCCAACUUUUUACUUUCUUUUUAUAGUGAUUUUUUUCAUGCAAGUGUGAAAAUGGUUUUCGAAUUUUUUUCGCAUUUUGUAUUGACCUCAUACUUUUUCGAAUUUUUUUCGCAUUUUGUUUUGUGCUUUUUUCGCAAUUUGUUUCGUACUUUUCUUUUACCCCCCUCUUACCCCCAAAACAUUUAUCAAAAAUUUAUAACCGCCGGUGUUAUUAUUUUAUAA